UACAGAUUCAUGCGAAAGCCUUUCAAAGAUUUCUCUAGCAAAGAUUGUCUGGUUGUAGAAUGUUCAAAACCAGGCUUUGUUACAUCGUUUCAGCAUCUUUUGGUCUUCGGCUAGUAUUCAUUCAAAAUCCGGACCAUGUGCUGAGGCUCAAAACCUUUCCGUUUCUAUUGUUUCAUCAUAACGACCAUGAAGAUUGCAACCAGGGCUGUCGGCGACGAAUGUUCUCUGGACUGAGCCCUCUUAUGUGCCUUGUACGAGUUAUUGUGUAGUCAAUUGAUGUUACUUUAGAUAGCUUGCCUUUUACGAGUUAUUGUACGAGUUAUAGUGUGUAUAGAUUUUUGAAGAAGAUGGUGCCUUCGGGGCCAUCCACUCCCAUUGGUGGUGCACAGUCUGUUUCACCAUCGCUUUUGAGAUCAAAUUCUGGAAUGAUGGGAGCACAAGGGGGGCUGCCUUCUCAGUCAGCUUUUCCUUCUCUUGUAUCUCCACGAACUCAGUUUAGUAGUAUGAAUAUGCUUGGUAAUAUGCCCAGUAUGUCUUCUCUCCUUAAUCAGUCAUUUGGGAAUGGAGUUCCAAAUUCUGGGCCCUCAGGUCUUGGAAACAGCCAACGAGGAAGUAUGGACCCUGGUUCCGAGUCGGAUCCAUUUUCACUUGUUGGCAAUGGUGUGAACUUCAAUAAUACGCCAUCAUCAUUGGGGGCAUCAAAUACAGGAAACCCUGCUUCAUCUAGUCAAGUUUCAGGGCCACAAUUUUCAAACCAUUCUAGCAGCCAAAUUGUACCCAAUCAACAGCAGCCCCAGCAAAUUGAGCCCCAGAACUUCCAACAUAGUCAGCAUUCAAUGCAGCAGUUCGUUAGCUCUAAUAAUGCACAGCAGUCACAGCAGCAGCAGCAGCAACAGCAACAACAUCAAUUCCAACCUAUACGAGGAAGCUUAUGUGGUGUUGGACCUGUCAAGUUAGAGUCUCAAAUGAAUAAUAAUGAUAUUCAGGGGCAGCAACUACAGCAGCAGCAGCAGCAGCAGCUGCAGUCAAUGAGGAACCUUGGUCCUGUGAAACUGGAACCUCAACAACUUCAAUCAAUGAGAAACUUGGGUCCUGUGAAAUUGGAACCCCAACAGUCUGAUCAGUCAUUGUUUCUACAGCAGCAACAUCAACAUCAACAGCAGCAACAACAACAGCAGUUGCUCAGUAUGUCUAGGCAGUCCUCUCAGGCUGCUGCUGCUGCGCAGAUUAAUCUUUUGCAACAACAAAGGCUCUUGCAAUUUCAACACCAACAGCAACUCCUGAAGGCUAUUCCUCAGCAAAGACCGCAUUUGCCUCAACAAUUUCAACAACAAAAUUUGCCAUUGAGAUCCCCUGUAAAACCAGUUUAUGAACCUGGCAUGUGUGCUCGGCGUUUAACAAAUUAUAUGUGUCAACAGCAGCAGAGACCUGAAGACAACAAUAUUGCAUUCUGGAGGAAAUUUGUUGCGGAUUACUUUGCUCCACAUGCCAAAAAGAAAUGGUGUGUCUCCAUGUAUGGAAAUGGACGCCAAACAACUGGUGUAUUUCCACAGGAUGUUUGGCAUUGUGAAAUAUGCAACCGCAAGCCUGGUCGAGGUUUUGAAGCAACCUUUGAAGUUCUUCCAAGGCUGUUCAAAAUCAAAUAUGAAAGUGGAACUCUUGAAGAACUUCUCUAUAUUGAUAUGCCCCGCGAAUAUCAUAAUUCCUCUGGACAAAUUGUCCUAGAUUACGCCAAAGCAAUACAAGAAAGCGUGUUUGAGCAACUUCGCGUUGUUCGUGAUGGCCAACUUCGGAUAGUUUUUUCUCCAGACUUAAAGAUAUGUUCUUGGGAAUUUUGUGCUCGACGUCAUGAAGAGCUUAUUCCUCGAAGGUUACUAAUACCUCAGGUUAGUCAGCUGGGGGCAGCUGCUCAGAAGUAUCAGACUGCUAUUCAAAAGGCAUCAUCUAACUUGUCUACUCCAGAGUUGCAAAAUAACUGUAACAUGUUUGUGGGCUCAGCUAGACAAUUGGCCAAGGCAUUGGAAGUGCCAUUAGUAAAUGACUUGGGAUAUACGAAGAGAUAUGUCCGGUGCCUUCAGAUAUCAGAAGUCGUCAAUAGUAUGAAGGACUUGAUAGAUUACAGUCAAGAAACUUCGACAGGGCCAAUUGAGAGUUUGGCCAAGUUUCCGCGGAAGACAAACGCUUCACCAGGAUUCCUCAGCCAAGCUCAAAACACUGAGCAACAAUUACCUCAACCCCAGCAAACAAUUGAUCAAAACACAAACGGCGACCAAAGCUCUGUUCCGGCUGCUGCUAACAAUGGUGUUCCAAAUGCAAACAACCCCGCGAAUCCAGCAUCAACAUCAUCUCCUGCUAGUACCAUUGUUGGGUUACUCCACCAGAAUUCCAUGAACUCCAGACAGCAGAACUCUAUCAACAGUGCUGGAAGCCCUUAUGCCGGGAAUUCUGUGCAAAUAUCGUCCCCCGGUUCCUCCACCACGAUUGCUCAGGCACAAGCGAAUCCCUCCUUCCAUUCGCCUACAUUGUCCUCAUCUAACAAUCCUCCGCAAUCAUCAAUUGGAACUGCAACUACUAAUCACGUAAGUGCCACAAACUCUCCAGUAAAUGUUCCCCUGCAACAGCCAACACAGUCUUCUGAAGCCGAUCAAUCCGAUUCCCAGAGCUCCAUGCAAAAGAUUAUUCAGGAAUACAUGAUGUCAAACCAACUAAACGGGAUGAACACAAUGACUGGUGUUUCCUCUCUAGCAGAGGAUGUGAAACCUGUUAAUGGGAUGUUGGCAGCAAACAACAUUAUGAGUCUCAAUGGACGGAACUGCCUGGUCGGGAGUGGAACUGCCAAUGGUGUUUCUGGUAUCAGGAGCAUGGGGUAUGGCUCGAUGGGUGGUGGAGGACUUGCUCAGGCUUCUAUGGUCAAUGGAAUGAAGUCUGCAAUGGGAAGUAACUCGAUUUCUAACGGGAGAAUUGGGAUGGCGUCAUUGGCUCGAGAACAGAGCAUAAAUCAUCAAGAUUUGGGAGACCAGCUCCUUAAUGGUCUGGGAGCAGUGAAUGGGUUUAAUAAUCUACAAUUUGAUUACUGAAGCUGCUUGUGCAGCUACAAGAUUAGCUUAAAUGGUCUUUCUGAUGAUGGAAUCACACCAUGAAAACAGGGCAUGGCUCAUGUUCUGUACUGAUUUGUUAUUUAAACAUUAAAGCAAAAUGUGGUGGUUGGAGGUGUUGCUCUGAUUGGAUGGGGUGAGUUUCUUUGAUUUCUAAUGUACCAUUUGUGAUUUUCCCCUCU